AAUGUUUGGAGUAUAUACGAAAAGAACCGCAAGAAUGUAGGCCAGUCUCAAACAAUCCACGAAAUGCCAAACUCAACCCAAUAUUUUCCCGCGUCCUGCCCUUAGUAUUUGCCACCAAUUCAACUUCUCCAAGGCCCAGGUGAUAUACGCCAUCACAGCUUAUUUAAAUUAGUUAAAUUUUGUUGUAAACGAUCACUCUCUGUACUAAUUGAUGGAUAAAUUUUCUCAAAAAUAAUUGCUGAGCCAAAACUAUCUCCCAUUUUAUCUCUUUUCGUUGCAAUUUGCUCACAAAGGGUACAAAUUUAAUCGACAUGGCGAGGCUUCUAUUCGCUAGACGCAUUCUUUCUCCUAUUUCCACAUACCCAUCAACAAUUUCCAAACACUGUAGCUCAUUUUCAGACCCAUUGAAGCCCGUUGAAAGAGAAAAUGAGCGAUGCACACCAACUGUUUGUAGAAAUUCCACAAGCAAUCCUCAUAGAAUUAAUCUGCCAACAUUGAUUCCAAGCAGUAGCAAUUACUUACAAGGUUUUAGCAUUGAGCUUGUCGAUCCCGAUAUUUGGCCCCAAACAUUGGAAGAGCCAAAGUCUUUCAAUGCAAAUGAAGUGUUCGAUGAAAUGCCCACUAGCAAUUUAGAAGCGCAGGAUUUUUCUGAUUUUGAUGAGAUUGAAGAUAUGAGGUUACGGAAAAAGCUAUUCUACAAAUUGGACAGAGAUUCUAAAGAAUUCGAGGAGUACACCAUAAAUUUCCACCGGAAGAAAACACUAAAGAAGAAUCGCGAAAAGACCACAAAGGAUGAGGUAAAGAAAGAGUGCAAAGAAAUCAACAAACCAAAGAAGGAUAAAGCUUCACACCCAUUAGAGAACUUAAAACCCGACAAGGAAAAGAGAGUGAGAACAAUGACAUUUAAUCAACUAACGGGUCCUUAUCAUUUGCCUUUUUGCCUCGAUAUCUUCAUAACAAAAGGGUCAGUGAGGGCUUCUAUAAUUCAUCGAGUGACUAGUAAAGUCGUUGCUGUGGCACAUUCUAUUUCGAAGGAUUUGAAGUUUGAUUUGGGGUCGAGAAAAGAUGCUAAGGCUUGUGCUACUGUUGGAGGAAUUUUGGCUCAGCGAGCGAUAGAGGAUGAUAUUCAUAAUGUGGUGUAUACACCAAGGAAAGGAGAUAAGAUUGAGGGGAAGCUUGAGAUUGUGCUCCAGGCUAUUAUUGAUAGCGGGAUUGAUGUGAAGGUGAAGCUCAAGCAGAAGAGAAACUUGAAGAGGCUAGAAAAAGAAAAUGGCUGCAAGACACUCCUGAAGCAUCAAGUAACGAUGAGCAUGUAGUCUUUGAUUCAUCAAUAAUACCCUGGUGGGCAUGGAUCAAAAGAUAUCAUCUUCCUAAAGCUGAACUACUCAAUGGGUUGGCUUCUGCAUCUCAUCUUUUAUUGAUUCUUAUUGCAUAUGAUGUGUAAAAAUAAGAAAUGUGAGAAGAGGGGGAAAAAGACUAUUAUUUCAUUUAAUGGUUAAUUGCACUGGUUGAAUCAAUACUAUGAUGAUGGUCUCUUUUGUUUUAGUUUUGAUCGCAGCCUGGUCUCAGCCUUGGUUUGGUUUGCGAUUUGGAUGGCUUUUGUAUUGGUCUCGGUUGUGUUGGAUAUUUGUGCUUGAUAAUUGUGUUGGAUAUUCAAUGUUUGGUUUCAGUUGUGUUGGUUA